AUGGAUUCUGUCGAGAAUACUAGCGGAGUUCCUCAUAAUGUUGAUGAUAGCGAUGAUAUCAUGUUAAAAAUUCUAUAUAAACAACCUCUGGAAUCUCUAGCAAGAUUCAAGUGCGUUUCCAAAUUAUGGAAAAGAAGAAUCGAAGAAUUCUGCAUCCCCAAGAUCUUAAAAGCACAUGAACAUGUCCAACUCCAAGUGAAAAGCCUUAGGAGACGUACCAUGCAGCACCACGUUCACUAUAUUGACAACAGGCAAGUUCUAUAUAAAAAUUGUUCUUCUAUGUUGCAGGAAGAUAUUUUCCCACGUAACUUGGCAGAUUGCUGCAAUGGUUUGUUACUUCUACGUACUAUGUAUAAUUAUGUAGUAUGCAAUCCAGUGACCAAGCAGUACGCUCUAAUCCCUAGUGAUCCUCAGGAAUGGGGAAUAUAUGAUCUGAUAAAUGCUGCGUUGGCUUUUGAUCCUUGUAUAUCUCCUCACUUCAGAAUUCUUUCAUUCCAAAAUCCGAAUCACUUGCUGGUAUUCUCCUCCAAGUCUUGGAAGUGGAAGCCUCUGAAGUUGAAGUUUACAUAUUAUUCCACCACUAUAAAAUCCGUUUACUUCAAUCAAGCAAUUUACAAGUUAUAUAAAGAACUUAUGGUGAAGUUCUUGAUUGAUGAUGAUGAUGAAAGCGAUCGUGUUCGAAUCAUAAAACUUCCUACUACGUAUAACCUAGAAGUUAAACGUUGCUAUGGAGUGAGUGAUGGAAGUCUUUACUAUGCUAACGUGGGCUAUCCUGACAGGACCCUGGAAAUUUGGACGCUUAAUGGCGACAUUGGUGAUGAACAAUGUGAAUGGAUGUUAAAGCAUAGAAUUUCUUGUCAAACAAUUGGAGGAGAUGCAAGUUUAUAUUCUUUUCAUCCUUGUGCUUUUCAUCCAUUUUCUGACAAUGUGAUUUUUCUUGGUUGUAAUGGGAUUGGGAAAUAUCCUAACAUCUACUGCUAUGACUUCACCAAGAAAACCCUGGAGCCGCAUCGCAAGCUAUUUUCCAUUGAAGAAGAAGAAGAUUUCGGAGAGUAUUUAUUCUAUCCACUUGUCUAUCGCAUUAACUAUUUUGAGUCGCUUAACAGGAAAUCAAGCCCAGAGCCAAGUUUCAAAUCUUAA